CUGGAGCUGGUUUCCUUCCCCGUGGAGAUGCCUAAAAUGUUUGAAAACGUGAGGACCGCUGCCCGGCUGGCGUUUGGCGUCAUCUUCGGAUGCAGUUGAGCCCUGAGAUGGCGGAGAGAGGAAGAGGAGAAGGAAGAGGAGGAGGAGGAGGAGGAGGAGGAGGAGGAGGAGGAGGAGGAGGAUGGGGUCGAUCCCUCACUCCCGGUGCCCGAAAUAGGGUGAACGUCCCCAAAAGAGGGCGAGUUGCCCCCAGGAGCCUCUGCCAGGAGCGAGAGCGAAGCGUCAGGUGGACCAGGAGGUCUGACCCCGGUUGGAUCGAGGACCGGGAUAACCUGGGCCGAGCCGGGCAGGAUUCGUCCCGAGGCUCCGUGAAACCAGGGAGCUGGAGCCGGAGAAUCCCAAAUCUCCUUUUUUGGGGUGUCUCCUCGGCUGUGCUGGAGGUGCACGUGGGGACAAGCUUGGUCUUCUCGGUGGAGGGGCAGCAAGCGGUGCUGCCCGCCUGGUACACCAGCCACUCCCAGAAGAAGCCCUACAUCACCUGGCUGCUGAACAAGGAAGAUGCUGGCCCCUUCCAGAUCCUGACCUACCUGGACGGGGUGGCAAAGGUGGAGGAGACAGAGCUGAAGCCCCGCGUGGGGUUCCUGUACCCCAUCCUCACCCACAACAUCUCGGUGUUCAUCAACGCCACCCGGGAGCGUGACUCGGGCCAGUACAUGUGCACCGUCAACGUGGUGGAUGACGACACCAGCACAGGCAAGAACAUCGGUGUCAUCAACCUCACCGUCCUGGACCGGGCCAGGGGCACCCUCAAGCUGACCAACCUCUCCCUGGACAUGUCGGGUCUCUACGUCUGCGUGGCUGAGAACCAAGCGGGUUCAGCCGAGUGCAGCAUCCUCCUGGAGGUGCACUCAACUAGCACCAAAGCAGUCAUCGCCGGCGCCGUGCUGGGCUCCCUGGGUGCCCUUGCCACUGUCAUCUUCUUCGCCCAGCGAGUCGUGGGCUACCGGAGGAAGAAACGUGACUGCCAGGAGGAGGCAGCCAACGAGAUCAAGGAAGACGCCGUGGCCCCCAAAACCCCCACGUGGGCGAGGAGCCCGGCUUCAGACACCAUCUCCAAAACCAGCACCUUGUCCUCCAUCGCCGGCACCCGGGAGAGACCCUACGGUGCCAAACCCCCCUCCGACACCGCCUCCAUCCUCACCACCACCGGCAGCUACCGGGGACCCCCACCCCGGGGAGGGGGACGCGUCCCCAGCCUCUCCCCCCCCACCAUUAACGGGGUCCCCCAGCGCCGCCAGGAUCCGGCCGCCCCCCCGGGGUCGUUGCCCCCCUCCAGCUUGGCACGGGCAGGCGCCAUCCCCGUCAUGGUGCCGGCACAGAGCCGAGCCGGCUCCUUGGUGUGAGCCCCCCCACCCCCAAAAGAAAGGGGUGCUCGUAUGCAGAACGCAGACACCCCCCCAUUUUCUGGGGUGUUUUUUUUUCCCCUUUUUGGGUUGGUUUUUUCCUUUUUAAAAGACGCCUCAAGCAGCUGGACUCGUCGUGGGGUUGUUUAAUGGAUGCGGGAGGCUCCUCGGGUUUGGGGGGGCCGAGUCUCCCCGUAAAUAUAACACCCCAAAAUA